CGUCACCUCCAUAAAUCUGUGACCCUCUACCGGAACGUUAAAUGACUUUCUGGCUUUCCUGCGGAAAGGUACCCGAGAUGACAACUUCCGCUUCCGUUGGGCUCCGGCUGGAGGGUUGAAUAUUGAAUGUCCUGAGAGGUCAGAUUGCUGUCAGACAUGGCCCAUGGACAUGAACAUGGACAUGAACAUGGUCACAGUAAAAUGGAACUUCCAGAUUAUAAACAAUGGAAGAUAGAGGGGACACCAUUAGAAAUUGUACAGGAAAAGCUGGCUGCACGAGGGCUAAGGGAUCCAUGGGCCCGCAAUGAAGCCUGGAGAUACAUGGGUGGCUUUGCAAACAAUGUUUCCUUUGUUGGUGCAAUAUUGAAAGGAUUCAAAUGGGGAUUUGCUGCAUUUGUGGUAGCUGUAGGGGCUGAAUAUUACCUAGGGUCCCAGAAUAAAGAUAAGAAGCAUCACUGAAGAUAAUAUCUGGAAGUACCUUAGUGGCUUCUUAACUCUCAUAAAAAUAAGAUUUCUUUACUGUAGCCUACUCAUCUAUGUGUUUGUCCAUUAAAGAAUACUAGUAAGAUUUAAUAAAGAAUACAUAUGCCA